AGCGUCGAGCGCGCAGCAUCCGUCUCAACUGCGUUCAAAUCCAACCGUACACAGCACUUUGACUGACUUACAUCACUUAAUACAACCUAACAUUGACAACGAUUGUUUCUAUAGCUAUGAUUACCAAUAGGAACUGACUGCUGACCUAGCGGAAAUAUAUACAAGAUUUAACCGCGGUUACGGCAUCGGUAAUUCAGAGCAUCGGGUUUCUACGCCAAGAGAUGAUCCGAGCAGCAAACCGCCGGUAAACGUGAUCAAGGAUUCACUUGACAUGCUGCGCUUUAUUGGAACAACACGAGUCUGUAAAUAAAAUAGGAAGAAAAAUCAAGAGUGAGAGAGGAGGCCGAGAGUCGUCAUUAUCAUGUCUCGCCAUCAAAGCCGAACCACCAGCCUGGAAGAGAAGACUGUCACGCCCAUUCACAAGAGCUCCACCUCCUCAUACAAGAGCUCCACCCCUACUCACAAGAGCGCAUCCUCGUCCUCUUCCUCUCAGAGAGACAGUCGACAGGAGACAGAUAGCUGGGAAAUCAUAGAGGGAUUGAAGAUUGGACAGACUCAUGUUCAGAGACCUGACAAACAUGAAGGGUUUAUGUUAAAGAAGAGAAAAUGGCCUCUGAAGGGCUGGCACAAGCGUUUUUUUGUUCUGGAGAAUGGGAUCCUGAAAUACUCCAAAUCUCCUGUAGAUAUUCAAAAAGGAAAGCUUCAUGGCAGUAUAGAUGUGGGACUGUCUGUGAUGUCCGUCAAGAAAAGAGCUCGACGUAUUGAUCUGGACACAGAAGAACACAUCUACCAUCUGAAGGUGAAAUCUCCAGAUGCUUUUGACAACUGGGUGUGCAAGCUGCGUAAUCAUCGUUUGUUUCGUCAGAACGAGAUUGUCCGUUCUCCUCGCGAUGCUACGUUACGAACCUUCCCUCCGUCUGCCAGUGCAGAGACGACUCCAUCCGGCACACACCAAAGCAAGGUUAAACCCAGCAGUCUGUCCUGGCAGUUACCUCCGUCUUGUAGUAAUGGACAGAGUAAAGUAGCCGCAUGGUUACAGGAGUCUGAAGAGAUGGACAAGUGUGCAGAAGAACUCGCCCACUGCCAGUCUAGUCUUCUAGAAUUAAGUCAACUGCUGAAAAGUCUGGAGAUCUUGCAAAGGACACAGUCAGCACCAAACUUCACUGACAUGCAGAGUAACUGUGUAGAUUUGAGAAAGAAAGAGAAGCGAGGCAGCCGAAGAUGGAGGACUAAAAGUGUCAGCAAAGAUGCAAAAUUGCAACUGCAGGUUCCCUUGAGUGCAAGUAUGUCUCAAGUGCGUCUCCACUCCUCUAACCCUAACCUGUGUGCAGAGCUGUCUGACUUUCAGACCCCUGUCACGCGUCUGACUAGCAGUAUGGAUGGCGCCAGUGACUACAUCAAACUGCAGGGGGAUUUCUGUGUCAUUGCUCAGAAAGUGCACUCCCUGCUGAAGUCUGCUUUCAACACCGUAGCCAUAGAGAAGGAGAAGAUCAAGCAGGUGUUGUCAGAACAGGAGCAGAUUGGCCAGACGUCUCAAAUUAUGACCCUUCGCCACUCUCUGUCACAGGCCCUGUCUCAGAAUGUUGAACUGAAGACCCGUCUGAACAGGAUCCAUUCAGAGUCGGUUCUGUCGGAGCAGGUUGUGAGUGUGAACAUCAUCAGCAGUCCUGACGAGGCAGGUGAGUCUCUUCAUGUGGGCGUCCCUCUGUCUCAGCAGAUGUCCAAUGAAAGCAGAUUAUCCAUGUCCGAGUCUGUGUCCGAGUUCUUUGACGCUCAGGAGGUUCUUCUGUCAGCGAGUUCAUCAGAGAAUGAGGCAUCUGAUGAUGAGUCUUACGUCAGUGAUGUGAGCGAUAACAUUUCAGAGGACAAUGCCAGCGUCAUAGAUAACGUUUCCAGACAGAUGCUGAAUGGAGAUGUGUCCAGUGGUGUGCUCCGAAAUGGGAGACGUACGUGUCUCCCGUCUCCCGCCCCUGACACAUCCAACCUUAACCUGUGGAACAUCCUGAAGAACAACAUUGGGAAGGACCUGUCGAAGGUUUCCAUGCCUGUCGAACUGAAUGAACCACUUAACACAUUACAGCACAUGUGUGAAGAGCUGGAGUACACAGAACUACUGGACAAAGCAGCUCAGACAGAUGAUCCCUAUGAACGCAUGGUAAUUGUGGCUGCGUUUGCAGUUUCUGGAUAUUCCUCCACCUACUACAGAGCAGGCAGUAAACCCUUCAACCCACUGCUGGGAGAAACAUACGAGUGUGUACGUGAAGACAAGGGCUUCUGCUUCUUCUCUGAACAGGUGAGCCAUCAUCCACCCAUCUCUGCCUGUCACUGUGAAUCACAGAACUUCACCUUCUGGCAGGAUGUCAGGUGGAAGAAUAAGUUUUGGGGGAAGUCUAUGGAGAUCCUUCCUAUUGGAACAGUGAAUGUCAUGUUGCCCAGUUAUGGUGAACACUAUGAAUGGAAUAAGGUGACGACAUGCGUACACAACAUUCUCAGUGGAAGACGUUGGAUUGAACACUAUGGAGAGAUUACCAUCAGAAACACACGCAACCCUGCCUGCAUCUGCAAACUUACCUUUAUUAAGGGAAAUUACUGGAGCUCGAAUGUGAAUGAGGUGCAGGGAUCUGUGAUGGACCAGGAGGGCAAAGUCAUUCACAGACUAUUUGGGAAAUGGCAUGAGGGUCUUUACUGUGGAGUUCCACCUUCAGCCAAGUGCAUCUGGAGACCAGGUGUUAUGCCCACAGAUUAUGAGCUGUAUUACGGCUUCAGUAGGUUUGCUAUAGAGCUCAAUGAGCUGUUUCCUGAGAUGAAAGAUCUUCUGCCACCAACAGAUGCACGUUUCAGACCGGACCAGAGGUGUCUGGAGGAAGGAAACGUUCAGAUGGCAGGAGCUGAGAAACAGAGAAUUGAAGAACAGCAGAGAAACAGGAGGAAAUGGAUGGAGGAGAACAACAUUAAACACCAGCCACGAUUCUUCAAAAAGGUUACGGACAGUAACCAAAGAGAGAGAUGGGUGUCUAAUAACACAUACUGGGAUCUGCGAAAGGACCCUGGAUUCCUCAAACUAGAAAACCCUGAUCUGUGGUAGGAUCCCAUCACCUGCUCUGAUGAUGCUUACUAUGCAGAACCCAACUGAAGAGGAGAAGCCCUGUGAUCUGCGACUCACUUCAGCAGUCUCCGCCUCCAUCAUCUCCAUAGUAACGCAGAGAGAUGCUGCUGUUGUCAGGGCAACAGUAAGAGCCGUCCACACGAAGCCACUUGCGCUUCCUUAUAUGUCUUUGCCUUAAGAAUUCGCUUCUCGACGACAUGGUUUUAAUGAAACUCAUUCAUUGACUGAAUUACAUCAUCGUGUCUACAGAAUAUUCUGCAUGUGUAGAAGGCAGCUUUCACGGGCAAUAUGUUAUACAAACACAUCAAAACGACAUGUAGACUUUAGUGGUAUUUUUCUAAAUGACCAAAAGGACAUUGCUGCUUUUCAGUUUAAGGCUGAUGAUGAUGAUGAGAUCGGACAAUUUCUUCUUCUUUCAGAUGGGCAGUUGAAUGAAUGUACUGUAUUGCAAUGCUUUUAUAAUUGUGGAAAUCCUCACAUUUUAAAUCCUUCCAAAGAAUCAAACUGAACGAGUUAAUGUGAUAUCGAUCCGCUGAUGUUGAGAGACCAGAGACCGAAGUCAUGGCUUCUCCUGUAUUUCUGUAGCUGCUGUUUAACACUUAAAGGUGCAAUGAAUCUACCAAUGGCCAGAAAUAAUCAUCAGCUGUACCAGCCCUGUCCCUGUUCAGAUAGUCAUCUGUAGUCCUGCUAUUGCUUAAACCAGAAUUUAAGCCUUAAAUUGAUAUAGAAACCACAUGUUAAAUGAAGAUGUGCAGGUGUGUAAACUCGCUGGAGCCUCUGCUGGCUGAUCAUCGCUACUGCAUCGUCACAAUCUCUCUCUCUACCUGAAAAGGUGUUUGAAAUACAGUACUCGUGUACUGCUUACUGCAUAAUACUUCUAAUACUGUAUAUGCUGUACUUCAGUAUGUGAAAUAUGUGCCAUACGCACAUAUUAGUAUGGAAGACUAAACACAUUUCACAUGGUAAUGUAUGUCUGUGACAGUUAUUUGACAUUUUCCCCUAAAUAAUAUGUUAAAGUCGUUAUUUGAAAAGUCACAAUCUGAAAAAAAUGUUUCAAGUUUAAAUCAAGUUCUGCAUUGCAUUGUGGGGUACGGUAUACUGUGUACUAAAUAUAGCAGGUCAUAUGCAGAAAACUGCCAUACACUGAAAGCCCUAAUGCUGUUUGUAAUGCUGUUCAUUUAACUUAUCAACUUACAAAAAUCAUAAAUUGAUUUACUUAGAGUCAAUACCUUUCAUUACACAUUGUUAUAUAAAGUUAAAUGGCAAUUUAAGUUCAGUCUUUACGAUCACCAAGUUAAGUGAACUCAAAGCUCCACUGUGUAGGAUCUACUCCCAUCUAGUGUUGAAAUUCUAUAUGACAACCAACUGAAUAUUACUUUCUAGAUCCCCCCCAUUCGGAAGCCACCAUAAACGUAGCUUAGACACUCCUUUAUCAUCAACGCGAGGAAAAAUAUACAGUAGUGUUAUGCACAACCAUGCUAUAGUUAGCCACUAUAUAGUUAAGCAACAAUAAAACUUCGAGUUUACACCAUAGACUGUAUAGUUUUAAACGAAUAUGCUGAAUUGCCUGUGGAGAAGAUAGAAAGCAGGCAACUUUGGCGUCUCUUGAGCCUCAUGAGCUUGUUCCAUCUUGGAAAACGACUCCAAUGUUGACUUUGGUCUUGUUGUUUUUCCUGUCGCGUUGUCGUUUUAAAUCUCUUUUUUGCUUCCUUGCCGACUCGUUUUAAUGUCCUCGAGAAUAGGUCUUCAACAGGCUUUCAAAUCAAAGCAUUAUGCUGCGUUUACACCAACCGCGUUUGAGGCGUCAAAAUCGCGUCUACCGCGCCUAGUUUGCCGCUUGAACAGUUUGAAUGCAUUCGCGCGGAAAAAGCAAGCAUUUGACGCGCGUCAGAGGCAAAAUCCACUUCUUGUGGGAGGGGCAAGUGCUAUGCGGUUGUCUGUUUGCAAGAUGACUGAUAUUGAUUGUGCAUUUAUCGAGAGAGUUACCGGUUUGUAUUUGGUAACCUUACUAUAGGGGAAAAUAAACGGCGCAGGUUGAUAAACGUCACGUGACUCAAAAGUGACAUUUGUAUUUACAACUUACCAGGUUGCCCAAUGUCCUCACUGACACUCUUCAAAGCGAGGUCCUUUUUAUUCCUGUCCCUAUAGAAAUAAGAGCUGGUGUCGUGUAGGUCCGGGUGACUGCUUACGGACAAGAUCAAGUGUUCCUUCAUGUUGAAUGAGUGACUCUGGGCGGGGUUGCCGCCACAGCACCAAGCAGGCUCCUGAUUGGUUAACGCAGCGCGAAAUUCCCCCAAAGAUCAAAUUUUUCAACUCGGGCGUCAGCCGCAAAUUCACGUUAAACACAAAAUGCACCAAUCGCGCGUACCGCACGCUCAAUUUGUGUUUGCUAAGAAUUAACUAAAAAAAACUACACAGUGGAACUUUAAAUAUUUAAGUUUUUUGGUAGUCCCAUUACUAAAUCAAAUUAAGGGAACGAGUUUACUCGAUCAAAUGAGUUCAGUCAAUUUAUUAGGGUUUUCAGUGUACACCGAAGACUUUCUGCAUCUUCUUGCUCAUUAUCGAUCAGACCAACAAAAGUUUUAGGAUUUUUACCCUGAAUUUUUUUCCAGAACAUGGUUACAACAAUGUGGAGUACUGCUUUUUAAAAUUUUAGGCAUUAUGUUAUCCAUAUAUAUUUUUUGAGGAAUGGUUGAUGAUUAAUUUCUCUUCUUUAAAGGAACAGUAUGUAAGAAAUGUAUAUCAAUUAAUCAUAAAAUGGCCCUGAUAUGUCACUAGACAUUAAGAAAUCAUUUUCAUUUCAAAUACUUGUAUUACUCGCAACAGUGGUCCGGCCAGGAUAUUGUCAUUUAAAAAGUGGAAUUGCAGCCCUCAACUGAUGUUUAUGUUGUCAUGUGGCUAAAACUGGUACUGCCAUCACAAAACUGGUGGCCAAUACACAAGAAGUUUUGUAAUUGCAAUAUCAGUUUUGGCCACAAUCCUACAUACUGUUCCUUUAAGCAAUCCAAGAUGUAAUUGAGAUUGUUUGAGCUGAAACCAUGAUGAUUUAUAAAAUAUUUACAACAUUGCUGUUCAUCUAUAGCCUCAGGCAAAUGACCCAGGGUGCAUCUGAAACAUCAGCUUUCUAUUGCAAUGAUGUUUGCGCACACAUCCGGGAUGGCCUUAGAAUGAGGAAAUUUAAAUAGUAUGCAGUAUACAGUUUAAGGGUGUUGUAUGCAGUAAGCAGAACUAGUAUUGUAUUCUGAACAUUGCGUUUGGUUGUUAACUGACUUUAGUAUCGCUCCUGCCAUUAAUGGACUUCUUUCAUGACACAAACAUUCACAACAUUCUUGCAUAAAUGGUUGCAUGAAUGGACACAUUUUUAUACAGAAGUUACUGGACUACAUCGAGCAGAUUUUUUGCCCUUAAGCAGAACAUAUAAAUAUAAAAAAAGAUUAUUUAAUGUGCUUUACUGUAGUUUUACUGUAAUGUUGGUAGAUUACUGAACAAGCCAAAAGCAGUGUAGACACAGUGAGAGAGCAGCUCACGUCUCCUGUAUCUCACUGUUUGAGUCUUUCACUGUGCCUUAACGUAUAUAAAAUCAUAUCAACACACUUUAACACACAGACACACUGAGCAACAGAUUCUCAACACUAAUGCACUUUUACCUGUCACAUUGAUAUCAUACACACUGAUCAAAUAUAUAUAUAUAUACAGUACUGAUAUGAAGGGUCUGUAAAACAAAGUAGAUAUAGUGAGCUCCAAAAGCAGAGUAAAAAUAAAAUGAACUUUCAUUUCAUACAUUUACACAAUCAUAUUUAACGACAUCAUCCACUUCAGUGCAAAAACCCAUGACGACAUGAACUGAAGAUGUCUUGUGCUUGGUGGAAAGGAGAUCUGAUCUUUCUGUGUGGAAAUGAUUAAUGGCCAUCAUUACUUUCUAUGAUUAGUCAUUUGUAAAUUCUGUUUGUUUGAAAAACAUUUAAAUGAAAGGGACAUGAAAGCGUACACUGUGGUUUUUGGAUCGUUUCUACUGAAUGCAUUUCAGUUUUGAAUCAUGCUUAUGUUUGUAUAAAGAGCAUCAUCACCAGCUAAACUAUAGCUCAUCUGAUUGAAUCUUUCUGAAGCAUACAGAGAUUAUUAUUAAGAUUGUUCAACUGGAAGAGGUUUUUGUUAUAUUUUAUGAUAAGAUUAGGUGUACUGAGUAUCAGCUGGCAUUUUCUCCCCAUUGCAUGAAAACAUGUGACAGUCUGCCAAUGAUGAUCUCUGAUGCCUUAUACAGAUGUUGAUUUUCUUGAUUGGGUUCAUUCAUUGACAGAUCCUGCACUGUGUGUAGGAUAAGAUGUUCACAGCUGCUGGACCGCUUUGCUUUAACAAAAGACUGAUGUACAACUGUUGUUUCUCUUGAUGUGUUAAUAGGACACCAAUGAUAUAAAAAAAUUCUCUAGACCUGCUGUUUCACAUUUACACUAAAUACAUACAAAUACAUAUUUAUGUUUUAAGCCAU